GCCCCGUUGUGAGUGCAAACAAGGAGCCGGGGUCAACACAAACAUAAUUUAUUAUUAAGCUGCAACUUUAGUCAAAACAAAAUAAAAUAUGUAUAUAAAUAAAGAGAAAAACUAUGAAACCAACACUCGGCUGUUAUUUAACCCAUUGUCUCAUUAUCUUUUUUCUUCUUUGUUGAAUCUGAGUUACUUUACUUCAGAUCAGAUUUGCCAGACUUGGACAGUUUCCACAACUGAUUCUAGCCUUUGGAGCUUAGAGAGGGAGAAAACAAUUCUGUAGUUCUUUGAAAUAGAAUAAGAUGGAGGGCAAGUUCACAAUCAAGAAAGACGUUACUGAAUUAAUUGGCAAUACGCCAAUGGUUUAUCUCAACAACGUGGUUGAUGGCUGUGUAGCCCGCAUUGCUGCCAAGCUAGAAAUGAUGGAACCUUGCUCUAGUGUCAAAGACAGGAUAGCAUACAGUAUGAUUCAAGAUGCAGAGGAAAAGGGUCUAAUUACACCAGGAAAGACUGUCCUAGUGGAGCCUACUAGUGGCAACACCGGCAUUGGAUUGGCAUUCGUCGCAGCAGUCAAAGGUUACAAGGUUAAAUUAGUUAUGCCAAUUAUAAGCAGUAUCGAAAGAAGAAUUGUGAUCCGAGCUUUUGGAGCUGAGGUGUACAUCGGAAACCCUGAAAAGGGGAUUCAAGGGGUUUUUGAUAAGGCCUUUGAGCUAGUAAAUGAAACUCCUAACAGCUACAUGCUUCAUCAAUUUGAAAAUCCUGCCAAUCCAAAGAUACAUUAUGAGACCACUGGCCCUGAAAUAUGGAGAGAUUCUGAAGGGAAAGUUGAUGCCUUGGUUGCAGGGAUAGGGACUGGAGGUACAAUAGCAGGAGCAGGGCAGUUUCUUAAGGAACAGAACCCAAAUAUCAAGGUUUAUGGGGUAGAACCAGCUGAAAGUGCAAUCUUGAAUGGUGGACCAUCAGGGAAGCAUGCUAUCCAAGGACUUGGAGUUGGUUUUGUCCCAGAAGUUCUGGAUGUUAAGCUACUUGAUGAAGUUAUUCCAGUAUCGGGCCAGGAAGCCAUGGACAUGGCCAAAUUGCUUGCCUUAAAAGAAGGUAGGAAUUUCAUCUGGUGCUGCAGCUGUUGCAGCCAUUAAGAUUGCAAAGAGGCCUGAAAAUGCUGGAAAACUUAUCGCUGUUAUAUUCCCCAGCUUCGGAGAACGUUACCUUUCUACUGAACUAUUUGACUCCAUCAGGCACGAGGCAGAGAACAUGACUUUUGACUAAAACAUUAGUUCACUUAGUUUGAUCUGCGACCAAUCAUAAAUGUUCCCUUUAUCGUAAUGUUAUGUAUUGGAUUUAGUCAAAGUUCACUUAGUUUGAACUGCGACCAGAUUUUCAACAAUAAAUUCUUAUCAUAAAUGUUCCCUUUAUCGUAA